AUGUUCAGAUAUAUUGCAAUCAGCCACCCAAUCUCGUAUGCACAGUAUGGUGCUAGAAGUGGGCGAGCGAUGGUCUCCAUAUCUGUUGUGUGGAGUGUAAGUGUUAUCGUUGGUCUGCCAAUUCUACUUGGUGUGAAUCCGAUGGAGGACAAACAAUGCGAACUAGGAAACGCAUAUUUCAACAUUCUUUCGUCUCUGUUUUCGUUCUUCUUCCCAUGCUUGGCAAUGAUUGUGCUGUAUACCAUCAUAUUCCGACGCCUACGUCAAAGAGAACGUGCUAGAAGCCUUCGCCAAGUGACAAAAAAGGACAACUGCAGA